AGCCAUCGCUAUUCAUUGAGGUUUAGAGAUGGAGGGUCAAACAGCAAUGCAGUCGAUGAAGUUUCAAAAGUUACUGAGUGAAAUUGGACGCAAAAUCCGACCACACGAUGUUGAAAUGUUUAAAUAUGAACUAAGAUUCAAAGAAAACAUUCCUUCUUCAUUGCUGGAUGAUAUUGACAGCCGUGAAAGGAAUUCAGGCUUGACGUUUCUUAAAAAGCUACAAAAAGAAGGAUAUCUCGCUGAAGAUAAUUUAGAACUUUUAAAAGAGCUACUUCUGGCUAUCGAAAGACACGAUUUACUCCAAGAAUUGCUCAAAUUUGAAAAGAAAAUAAAGACUUCCUCUGAUGUAGAAGGUGCGGUUGCCCGGGAAACAGAAGAUUGCGGGAUAGAUGUUACACAUGCUGCAAAUUAAUUCGUAAUGUUGCGUAAAGUACUGAAGCUCGUUCAAGCCUGUCUGCAACUUACAACAUUGCAGAACAGGGUCGUUACACGUGCAAUCUCUUCUGCAAAUUACAAUUCAACGGAGUUGCAUUGCAGCUGUAAGAAAAAAAAUAUUGCAUAGUGCUCGUGUAUGAAACAGUUCCAGUUCCAAUUGAGUAGCUCAAUAAAUGAAUGAAACAAUAAACAUGAAUCGGCCAAAUAAACCUUUUUUGAAUAAGUCAAAUACCGCGUGUUCUAGCUUCGAUCACAGACUUAUUUAUACAGAGUUAGCCUUAUUUCUGUGUCCAAAUAUUCACAAAUAUCAACGAUCAAGUAAAAAUUAAAUGGGGGACACAAAAAGAACCGGUUGAAUUAUUCGUGUUAGAGUAGGGGAUUGUCUCCCGGUUCAACAGCCUAUCCCAAUUUGGAGGCAUAACACUAAUGUACUAACAAAUCACUCAUGAUUGUAAGCUGCAUGGCUGCUAAUAGCGCCUUAAUACGCAGGCUGUAAAGUCCUCCACUGGUCAUUAAUGUAAAGCUCAUUGAGACAAUGUGAAAUGCGUUAUAUAAGAACCCCAUUAUUCAUUUAUUAUUAUUAUUAUUAUUAUUAUUAUUAUU